AUGGAGCGCUUCUCGCUGCUCAGCCUCUCGGGAGCCCGGACCGCUCCCUCCGCUCCGACCGCUUUUCCCGGCCUGACGUCCCCACGUGCCACCAGCUUGCCAGACAUCGCCAAGCCCGUGCCCCCCACGGAGGCGCCCAGCCCGGCGCAGGCCCCGCCCCUGCCGCCGCACACGAGCAGCGCGCUCCGCCCCGGGGUGGUGCUCUCGCCAGGCUGCGCCCUGGGGGACCCCCAGGACGGGGCGCGGCCCCAGCGGAGCUGCACCAUCUACCGGCCCUGGUUCUCCCCGUACAGCUACUUCGUGUGCCUGGACCAGGGGAGCCGCCCGGAGGCCCGGGGCCUCCCUGAGCUGCCGUGGGGCGAGGGCCGGGGGGACGGCCGCCUCCCCGAGGACGCGGCAGACAGCGCCUGCUCGUCCUCCUCCUCCCCGGAGCACACGGGCCUCCGGGCGGCGGCAGCGGAGCCCAGGCCCGGCCCCGACGCCUCGGACCACAUCACCUCCCAGGACCUGCUGAGGGCUUCUCGGGGGCUGCCCACCCAGCAGGGCGGGUUCAAGUGUGUGGCCUGCUGCCGCAUGUACCCCACCCUGGGCUCCCUCAGGAGCCACGUCCGCUGCGGCUUCCGGGAGGGCUUCAGCUGCCGCGUCUUCUACCGCAAGCUCAAGGCCCUCUGGGCCCAGCCCGCCGACUGGCUGUCCUCGUCCUCGGGCGGCUGCCGGGCCCACACGUAG